GUAGCUGUAGUAGCCGUAGUACCUGUAGUAGCUGUAGUAGCUGUAGUACCUGUAGUAGCUGUAGUAUCUGUAGUACCUGAAGUAGCUGUAGUACCUGUAGUAGGUGUAGUACCUGUAGUAGCUGUAGUAGCUGUAGUACCUGUAGUAGCUGUAGUACCUCUAGUACCUGUAGUAGCUGUAGUAGCUGUAGUAGCUGUAGUAGCUGUAGUACCUGUAGUAGGUGUAGUACCUGUAGUAGGUGUAGUAGCUGUAGUACCUGUAGUACCUGUAGUACCUGUAGUAGCCGUAGUAGCUGUAGUAGCUGUAGUAGCCGUAGUACCUGUAGUAGCUGUAGUAGCUGUAGUAGCUGUAGUAGCUGUAGUACCUGUAGUAGCUGUAGUAGCUGUAGUACCUGUAGUAGCUGUAGUAGCUGUAGUACCUGUAGUAGCUGUAGUAGCUGUAGUAGCUGUAGUACCUGUAGUAGCUGUAGUAUCUGUAGUACCUGUAGUAGCUGUAGUACCUGUAGUAGGUGUAGUACCUGUAGUAGCUGUAGUAGCUGUAGUACCUGUAGUAGCUGUAGUACCUCUAGUACCUGUAGUAGCUGUAGUAGCUGUAGUAGCUGUAGUAGCUGUAGUACCUGUAGUAGGUGUAGUACCUGUAGUAGGUGUAGUAGCUGUAGUACCUGUAGUACCUGUAGUACCUGUAGUAGCCGUAGUAGCUGUAGUAGCUGUAGUAGCCGUAGUACCUGUAGUAGCUGUAGUAGCUGUAGUAGCUGUAGUAGCUGUAGUACCUGUAGUAGCUGUGGUAGCCGUAGUACCUGUAGUAGCUGUAGUAGCCGUAGUACCUGUAGUAGCUGUAGUAGCUGUAGUAGCUGUAGUACCUGUAGUAGCUGUAGUAUCUGUAGUACCUGAAGUAGCUGUAGUACCUGUAGUAGGUGUAGUACCUGUAUAUUAGUAGCUGUAGUAGCUGUAGUACCUGUAGUAGCUGUAGUACCUCUAGUACCUGUAGUAGCUGUAGUAGCUGUAGUAGCUGUAGUAGCUGUAGUACCUGUAGUAGGUGUAGUACCUGUAGUAGGUGUAGUAGCUGUAGUACCUGUAGUACCUGUAGUACCUGUAGUAGCCGUAGUAGCUGUAGUAGCUGUAGUAGCUGUAGUACCUGUAGUAGCCGUAGUACCUGUAGUAGCUGUAGUAGCUGUAGUAGCUGUAGUAGCUGUAGUACCUGUAGUAGCUGUGGUAGCCGUAGUACUUGUAGUAGCUGUAGUAGCUGUAGUACCUGUAGUAGCUGUAGUAGCUGUAGUAGCUGUAGUA